GGAAUCAAAGAAAUAAAAAAUAAAGUGGGCCUCUCCCCACACCACUCAUUCUAUUGAGACAAAAGAAUGCAACCACCUCCUUCCAUCCUCAUCAUUCGGCCAUAAUCUCAAGAGAGGGAGGAAAUCCCAGAAAAAAAUAACACCUUCCAUAGCCAAGGACAAGCAAGCUCAAGGAGGUCCAAGGGAAAGGUUUUCGGAAGGAAAAACUAGGUGGAUUAAGGGACUUGAUUAAAGUAUUUUUGAGCUUCGCCGGAGUUGGUCAAAGUUCGCCGGAGUAGGUCAAAGUUCGCCGGAUUUAGUCAAAGUUCAAUCAAGAAGCGUAGAACGCGCGUAAGCUCACUUAAGUUUCAGGUAGAACUUGAAGGUUGCUACCAUCGCCCACUUGUUCCGGGAAAAUCAAGGAGAGAAGACGUGGUUUGAUGUUGAUCACACUUGCUCAAUAGACUUUAGGCAAGGUGUUCGUCACAGGCAGGCCACUUCUGCAAUGAUUGCUGAGCUUGUACCAAUAAACCAUAUACACCUAAACAAAUCAGGGAUGAUUUGUUGUUGCAGUAUGGAAUACCGAUAUCAUACAAGAAGUCUUGGGCUGCAAAGAAAUCUGCCAUGAGAAAACAAUUUGGUUCAGAUUCAGAGGCAUACCAAUUGUUGCCGUCGAUGCUCCAUAUGCUAGACCAACCUAAUCCAGGAUCUGACGUGUUGCUCAUUAGAGGGGCUAAUGAUGUGUUUCGCUAUUUGUUCAUGUCACUUGCACCAUGGAAGAGAGCAUGGGAGCAUUGCAUUCCUGUUCUUAUUAUCGAUGGUUCUUUUAUGAAGGCGUACUACAAAGGGACAUUACUUACCGCAUGUAGCCAAGAUGCAAACAAACAGAUUGUGCCUUUAGCGUUUGCUGUAUGUGAUUCUGAGAGCACUGCGUCCUGGAAGUGGUUCUUUACAAGGCUCAAAGAGUGCCUUAAACAUCGUGAUAGACAUAAAGGUAUAAUCAAAGCUGCAAAGGCCAUCUUUCCACACGCUUCCCAUGGAUAUUGUUAUGAACAUCUGCGGCGUAAUAUGAGAUCCAAAUUUCGAGGUAAGUCAUCCAACCAUGGUUGGAAAUUUAAAGCUGCAUGGGAGGCUGCAACUGUGAAUGAAUGCUAUCAAUAUUUGUCCAUGUUGGAUGAGGAAGAUGCUAGGAUUCGUCCGUGGCUAGAGAAGAUUGGAACGGAAAAGUGGGCUCCAAGCAUGGCAGUUAAGAGUCGAUGGGGUGUUAUGACCUCUAACUGUGCAGAGGCCAUGAACAGCAUGGAUGCUAAUGCAAGAGAGUACCCUGUCGGUAAGCUUUUGGAUUUUAUCCGAGAAAGAAUGCAAACAUGGUUUGCGGAGCGGCUGGAAGAUGCAACUUCAUCAACUACUCAUUUGACUCUAAAGUUUGAGAAACAUUUAGUUUCAUUACAGAGGGAUGCUUCAAGGAUGAGGGUUAAACUGUCAUGCCGUUAUGAAUUUGAAGUUGUUGAUAGACUUCGUAGAUGUUUUAUUGUCAAUCUCAAUGACCGAACAUCCACGUGCCGUAUGUUUCAAUUAGAGCAUUUUGUUUGUGUACAUGUUGUAGCUGCCAUAGGCACACGCGCUGGUAUUUCCUGCUAUGAUUAUAUAUCAUAUUAUUAUACGAGACAGUCUGUGUUGAAUACCUAUAGUGGGGUGGAACAUCCAAUUGGUGAUGUAUCUUCUUGGAUAGUUCCACCUCAUGUUCAAAGUAUUGUUUGCAAGCCACCUUCAUGUUCUGAAAGACGAGCUGGUCGACCAAAAACAAAAAGGAUACCAUCAGUUGGUGAAUUCCGUGCAACCAAACGGCUGGUCGUUGCCAUUCUGCUGGGCAUAACAAAAAAAGCUGCAAGAAUGCACUUACAAUUCAUUCUUAAGAAGUUGUUUCGUACUGUAUUUCCUUUUAAUUCUACUUUUAGUUUUGGUUACAUUUUCAUUCCUGUGUGAAGAUUGAGAUACAUUUAUUACACACUGUUGUGGUUCUUAUAUUUCAUUAUAUUGAAUAUUGAACAUUGAAUAUAUGGUAUUUUGUUUACUGAGAUAUCAUUCUUAAA